AUGCAGGUCACCCUGAAGACCCUCCAGCAGCAGACCUUCAAGAUCGACAUCGACCCCGAGGAGACGGUGAAAGCACUGAAAGAGAAGAUUGAAUCUGAAAAGGGAAAGGAUGCCUUUCCUGUAGCUGGUCAGAAGUUAAUUUAUGCAGGUAAAAUUCUCAAUGAUGAUACUGCUCUAAAAGAAUAUAAAAUUGAUGAGAAAAACUUUGUGGUUGUUAUGGUGACAAAACCCAAAGCCGUAACAACACCAACACCAACAACGAUGCAGCAGGCAACUCCUACCACCACUACCACAGUUAGUUCUUCCACAGCACCAGCUGUGGCUCAGGUUCCAACCCCCACCCCUGCCUUGGCUCCCACUCCCACUCCUACUCCCACUCCCACAUCCACUCCUAUUCCUACUCCUACUCCUACUCCUACUUCUACUUCUACUCCUGCUCCUACUCCCACACCUACAUCUGUCACUCCAGCAUCAACGACAGCAUCUUCUGAACCUGCACCUGUUAGUGUCACAAAACAGGAGAACCCUGCAGAACAGCCAGCAGAAACACCAGUGGUUAUUACUAGCCCAACAUCAACUGAUAGUACAUCAGGAGAUUCUUCUCGGUCAAAUCUUUUUGAAGAUGCAACAAGUGCACUUGUGACAGGUCAGUCUUACGAGAAUAUGGUAACUGAGAUCAUGUCAAUGGGCUAUGAACGAGAGCAAGUAAUUGCAGCCCUGAGAGCCAGUUUCAACAAUCCUGAUCGAGCAGUGGAGUAUCUUUUAAUGGGAAUUCCUGGAGACAGAGAAACUCAAGCUGUGGUUGAUCCCCCUCCAAUAGCUACUACUGGGCCUCCUCAGUCUUCAGUGGCUGCAGCUGCAGCAACUACAACAGCAACAACUACAACAACAAGUUCUGGAGGACAUCCCCUUGAAUUUUUACGGAAUCAGCCUCAGUUUCAACAGAUGAGACAGAUUAUUCAACAGAAUCCUUCCCUGCUUCCAGCAUUGCUACAACAGAUAGGUCGAGAAAAUCCUCAAUUACUGCAGCAAAUUAGCCAACACCAGGAGCAUUUUAUUCAAAUGUUAAAUGAACCAGUUCAAGAAGCUGGUGGCCAAGGAGGAGGAGGAGGAGGAGGGAGUGGAGGAGGCAGUGGAGGAAUUGCAGAAGCUGGAAGUGGUCACAUGAACUACAUUCAAGUAACACCUCAGGAAAAAGAAGCUAUAGAAAGGUUAAAGGCAUUAGGAUUUCCUGAAGGACUUGUGAUACAAGCAUACUUUGCUUGUGAGAAGAAUGAGAACUUGGCUGCCAAUUUUCUUCUACAGCAAAAUUUUGAUGAAGAUUGA